GUCACCUUCUCAUGCUGGUGGCUGCUGGAGCUGGAGGGUGCCAAGUAAGAUCAAACUGCUGCACUGUAUCCCCACUGUGUCGCCACCAAGCCCAGCCGGGGUGUCCCGUGGCCCCUCUGAUCCCCUGAUGUUUGCACAUGUGAGGAGCCCGUGCCUGUCUCCAGGGCAGGGGUGAGGGGGGACAGGUGGCACCCUGUCCCCUCAGACCCGCUGGUGUGACAGACCAGGAGUGUUCCCAGCACUUUCCUGGGACUUGCACAGUGCCAAAGUGAUGAGCAGGAGAGUCAAGGGCAGCCCAGCUCUUCAGGGCAUUGCUGACAACAGCAUUUCAUGUUGUCCAUGGCCAUCAAAACUCAAGCACUUCCMGGACUGUAAAUUCCCUGUUUUCCAGGUAGCCAAGCACCAGAACCUGCUUUUUGGCCCCAAAACACCGAGUGCCCCACYCAGGAGGGUCCUGAUGCAGAGCCAGCUCACUGAUGUCCUUAGCUGAUCCCAAUGUCACCAUGGCUCCUGCAUCUCUCCAGUCAGGCUCUGACAACAGCCAAGCCAAGGAUUUCACUCGCUUGCUGCCAUUACAGCUGUCCAUGGCCAUCCUGGGGUUUUUGGAUCAAAAAUCCCUGGAUGACUGUUCUGCUGUGAAUGGCCACUGGGCUUUCCUGGUCAGCCAGGUCCAGAAGGAGCAAGAGUGUCGGAGCAUGGUACAGAAGGACUUCCUGCAAUUGAAGGAGUUGUGUCCUAGAAAAACCAUUCCAAACUAUGCUAAAAGAGUCGAAGUGAAAAUUCCUCAGUUAAAUGACGAGGGUGAGGUCAUUGAAACAAAGGACAAGGAGCAGAGCAAGAGACGUAAAUCAAAGACAGAGGAUUUCAGUCUACAUGCAGCCUAUCAGACACUGCAAACUUACAAGAUGGAGAUGGAAGAAAGAAAUGUCUUCUGCGGCUCCUACAAGAGCCGUGUCCUCAUGGAGCAGUCAGACAGCAGAAGGAUAACCCAUUACAAUGGUGGGGAUUUUGUGGCCCUUUCUGCCUCUGCCAACAGAAAAGUGAAGCUGCUCCAUGUGCCAGAGGGGAAGGAAGUGCCCCUUCUGCUCCAAGGCCACGUUGGGCCCAUCAGAGCUCUCCAUCUCAGUGAGGAGAAAGGGCUCCUGAUCAGCACCAGCUUUGAUCUCAGCAUCAGGUACUGGAAUAUUCCCAGUGGUGCCUGUGUGAGAACCUUCACUGGCCACUAUGGGACCGUCAGCUGCCUGGAUUCACAUGAGGAGCAYUUUGUGUCGGGAGCUGGGGAUGGGAUGGUGAAAGUGUGGAGCCUGAAGAGUGGGAAAUGUGUCAGGACUCUGAUGCACAACAGCCCUGUGAGGGCUGUGAGGAUGGACGCGACCCACGUGGUCAGUGGGUGUCACCGAGGGCUGGUGAAGGUCUGGAGUGCUGAGACAGGGGCUCUGAUCCAGACAUUGGAGAGGCACCAAGGCCCAGUUCUCUGCUUGUCCUUUGACCAGUGGCACAUUGUCACUGGGAGCAGCGAUGGAUAUGCCCUGGGAUGGAGCAUGGUGGGGAAACUGAGGAAAUGCCUGAUUGCUUUCUUCCAUCCUGGGGAGGUCCUGGCCCUGGAGUUCCUGUACCUCAGAGUCAUCAGUGGCUGUGCUGAUGGACACAUUCGGAUAUUCAACUUCCUGACUGGAACCUGCCUCAGAGUGCUGGAGCCCACCAGCASCGGGGGCCCCAUGUCUUCUCUCCAUGUUGCAGGAAACAGGAUGGUGAUCAACUCCCCCAGCAGUCUGGUGUUGCUCCAGUUUGAGGAUGUGGUGUGGGACUAUUCCCUACCUGCUGACAGAGAGGUGGUGAAGAAGGACAAGAAAUCCCGGAGAGGAAUGCGCCAGGCCACCAAUGCAGAGCAGCGACGGGCUCCGGAGGCUCAGGACAAGUCCCCAAAGUCUCACCAGUCAUCAAGGAGCCAAGGAAGACCCAAAAGUGGUGAAGCUGAACAGGGCCCUGCUCCCCCUGCACCUGACGAGGCAGAAGCCACUGCACAGUAUGAGCUGCCCAAGAGAGACCCAAAUCGUCCAAUGUCCUCUGACAAGGUCCUCUUAACAAUMAGCACCCUGCAAAACUCCUACAAGCCAGCCCCAGCCCGCUCCAGUACUGAGCUCUCUGCAAAGGCCAAGAAAGCACAGCCACACAGCCCUGGCAAGGUGCCAAUGCCCAAAACCCCUCAGGAACACAAAAAGGAGCAGGCAGCCCAGCUCCAACGAGCCAGACUGCACAGUGACUCUCUGACCAUGACAAAAACUUUGACACCCUUUGAAACCAAAAUGCUGAGGCUCAGGCUGCAAAACUCUUUGUACAGCCCCACUGUGAAAUCCUCCAUCCCUGCUCCCUGUGUUGUACGCCCCAGAUUCUGUGGCUCACUGCGAGAAAGGAAAACUCCCAGUGGCCAUGGGAAAGAUACUCCUGGYCCCAAAGAUGGGGAUCAGCUCAUUGAUCUCUGCAUAGCUUCYUCUGAGCUGACCCAACCAACACCCAGCUGGACUGCACAAAUGAGAAAUGAAGUUCCCCGCAGAGUUCCCUUUGGUUCCCGCAGGGACAGUGGGUUCAGGCUUCUGACAGCAGAGCAUGAGGUACAGGAGGCAGCUGUKGCAGCUCAGCAUCAGGUACAGCAGGCAAAGCACAUGGAAGAGGAGGAAAGAGCCAGAAGGAAAGCCUGGCUAAGGAAAAUUAAAGGCCUACCUGUGGAUUCUUUUACUGGGGAAAAGAAAACACCUGCUCCUGAACUUGGCCAUAAUAUAUUUAUCUGAGAUGAUCCCUUAGUCCGACUAACAGCCACAGCCUGAGGAUUCUGGUGUCCAGCUGAGUCUGCUGUGUGGCUUUAAGUAUAAAAUAUAGAUAUAUUCAUUUAUAUAUAUUUAAAUACAUGUAGUAUAUUUAAGUAUACUCCCUGUGGUUUGAAGUAUAAAACACACCCACACUCUAGGUUUUCCUAAGAAAUACUACUGAUAUAUUCAACUGUUUCUCAAGGCAGUGAAUGGACUGAGCACUUUCCUGGAUUUAACUCCCAAAACCUGCUGCUGUUACAGACACAGCACUGUCUGACACCAAAACAGCUCAGYAUGGGGCUCAGCAUAAUAAUAAUAAGUGAGAAUAAUAAUAAAAGCCUCUUAUCAGAGCUUUUGUGGAUUGAUUAGAGUGUAGAAGCUGACUGAGUAGCUGAAUGCAGGGGUGGGGAUCAGCAGCACAAAGCACAAAGUCUGCUUAGAGGUCAGUAA